AUGUCUUCUAAGAGUCCUCGUGAAGCUCUUUUGACUAGGGCUAAAUUGGCCGAACAAAUUGAGCGUUAUGGUGAUAUGGCUCAAUGUAUGCGCAAGAUUGUUGAGCUUAACGAUGAUUCCAUCCCUGAGCUCUCAGUUGAAGAAAGAAAUCUUCUUUCUGUCGCUUAUAAGAACGUAAUUGGCGCCCGUCGUUCAUCAUGGAGGAUCAUCAGUGCCAUUGAGGCGAAAGAUGAGGGAAAUGACCGUUCCAAGAACAUUAAAGCCUGUCGUGAACAGGUGGAGAAGGAGCUCAAAAAGAUGGCUAAUGAGAUUCUAACCCUUCUUGAAAAGAACCUGAUUCCUCGUGCGCAGAGUGCCGAGUCAAAGGUCUUUUACUACAAGAUGCAAGGUGAUUAUAACCGGUAUCUUGCCGAAAUCGCCACUUCUUCUGAACGCGAGGAGGUUUCCAACCGCAGCCUGAAUGCUUACAAGACUGCCACUGACAUUGGUACAGCUGAAUUGCAACCUACUCAUCCAAUUCGCCUGGGUCUUGCUCUAAACUUCUCAGUGUUUUACUAUGAAAUUGUAAACAAGCCUCAACAGGCUUGCAGUAUUGCCAAACAAGCAUUUGAUGAUGCCAUUGCCGAAUUGGAUACUCUCAAUGAGGAGAGCUACAAGGACUCUACCCUCAUCAUGCAACUCCUCCGAGACAAUUUGACUCUCUGGAGAUCCGACGUCGAUCACGAAGAAUGUGACAAAGACUUAAGUGCUGGAGAAAAGUCUUAA